AUGGCAACAGAAGUCCGGCCGCUACAGCCCGUCAAGCUGCCCGCGGCGCCGUCCGCCCUGACGCCGGAGCAGAAGUACUGGAAGACCUUCUCUUCGCAGCUUCUGCUGCCCUCGCCGCACUCAUCGCCUGUCACCCACAUCUCGGCACCCCUCUUCGCACCCUCGUCGACCCAGCUCAACAGCCCGGAAACGUUCGCCGUCACUUCGGGCGGCCGCGUGCAGAUUUUCAGCAGCCGUACGCGCAAGGUCGUCAAGUCCAUCACGCGCUUCGGAGUCGAGGACCGCGCGCACAGCGGUGACAUCCGCCGCGAUGGCCGCGUGCUGCUGGCCGGAGGCGACAGUGGCGCCAUCCAGGCCUUUGACAUCAACUCGCGCGCUAUCCUCAAGACCUGGAAGGAACACAAGCAGCCCGUCCAUGUUACCAAAUGGAGUCCGGCCGAACUGACGACGCUCAUGAGCGCGUCCGACGAUACCACCGUGCGCCUAUGGGAUCUGCCCUCGGACAGGAGCACUCAAACUUUCGUGGGGCAUCAAGAUUACGUGAGGUGCGGUGGAUUCAUGCCGGGGCAGGCGGACCGCCUGCUGUUCUCCGGUAGUUAUGACCAGACGGUUCGCCUGUGGGACCCGAGGAUCAGAGGGAAGGCCGUCAUGACGUUCAAGCACGCCGCGGCUGUCGAGAGUGUCCUGCCUCUGCCGUCCGGCACCACCCUGCUCGCCUCGGCCGAGAACACCGUUUCCGUGCUCGACUUGGUUGGUGGUCGCCCUCUGCAGCUGCUGCGCAACCAUCAGAAGACCGUCACGAGCUUGGCGCUGGCGAACAACGGCGAGCGAGUCAUCAGCGGUGGGUUGGACGGCCAUGUCAAGGUCUUUGAGACGACUGGCUGGAAUGUCGUUGCUGGCUUCAAGUAUCCCUCGCCGAUUCUGUCUCUCGGAGUCAUCGCAUCGGGUACGGAGCGGGAAGACAAGCACUUGGCCGUCGGUAUGGAAAACGGUAUUCUGUCGCUCAAGACGAGGUUAUCCGGUCAGCAGAAGGUGGCAGCCCGCGAGCGUGCCAAGGAAAUGAAGGCACUCAUGGAAGGGAAGAUUGAAGAGUAUGACAGCAAGAACAAGAAGAGGGGCAAGGGUUGGGAGAAGAGACUGCGUGGACGGGAUUUCACCGGUGAAGGCGCGGACAUCAUCAUCGACGGAAACGAGCGCGGCAAGAUCAAGAACAUGAGCAGGUGGGAGACAGCACUUCGGAAAGGCCAAUUCGAAAAGGCGCUUGAUCUUGUCCUCGAGGCUCAGAACCCGUCCAAGCAAGAUACUCUCACCCUCCUCACAGCUCUUCGCCACCGCUCCGCACUGCGGACGGCUCUGAGCGGCCGUAACGAAAUGACCCUUCAGCCCGUCCUCAAGUGGCUCAAUAAGAACAUCGGCGAUCCACGCCACAUCCAACUCGCCACUGAUGUGGCAUUCGUGCUGUUGGAUCUGUACUCUGAGGAGAUGGGCCAGAAUGCGGAGAUUGAUGCUCUGGUUGAUCAACUGCACGAUAAGGUCAGAAGAAAUGCUGAAAUCAGCCAGCAGGCAUGGAGUACGCAGGGCAUGCUAGAGAUGCUGAUGGCCGGUACAAGCCAGGCAUAG